CUUCGGACUAAAGCUCUAUAAUCAUCGUGUGCUUCCCCAAAGACUUUCCCUUCCGCAUAGACGAUCUCAAGGUCGCGGGAAUCCAAAGAACUCGAAUUUGGCAGCGAUCCAAGGUGAGAGGAAGGCAAGGAUAUCAAAAACUAUUACGUAAACUAGAUGAGUUGUAUGCAGUCGUUACCUACAAUAACUGAAGAAAAGCACGAUUGAAUGUCGCUUUUUCUUUCCAAAUCAAAUCUAGGCCUAUCAUUGCAAUACAUAAGUCAGCUUCAUGGAUGAUAUUUAUGGAAAAUUAGAUAUUCAUCCACAACACUUUCAAGCCUCAAAAGCAACUGAUGAUUGUCUCCCAGAAAAACACCAGAUGACUGAUUAUUCAUUAAGAUCCUAUAGCCAUUCGUGGGUUGGAAGAAGAGUAAUGGGUGCUGCAUCCGUGUUGAACUUGUUUAGUAUUUCACGACUUCCAUGGGUGUAUAACAGUAAUGAUGAUGAUAAGAUUGUUAUAACUAAAGCUGAAUUAGAGUCCCUUCGAUCAGAAAUUUCUGAUUCAGAGGAAAGAGAAUCUCAUUUGAAAGCACAGCUGGAACAUGUUGAUGAACUUCUGAAAUCUGCUCGCCUUUCUGGUUACCUUUGCAUGCGAACAAGGUGGACAGAACUGCCUGGUGAACCACCUAUAAUAGAUGAUGCUGAUGUUGAUGAUUGGCUUCCACGCUUUGUUGUACUUCAAGGGUCCUCUGUUUUCUAUUAUCUUAAAUCCACUGAUUUGAGUCCUCAAGACACUACAUUAUUAUCUGAUGUUUUGGAAGUAGGUCUGCUGCCAAGCUUCAUGAAAGAUGAUCAAGAGGAGAGACAUGCAUUUUACAUUUUGACUUGUCAUGGUUUGCGAUUUGAGUGUUCAAGUAUUUCCAAAGUACAGGUGGAAUCAUGGUUAGCAGCUCUGCAAAAGGAUUGCAACCUGGAAUCUGAUUCAACUGUCAACAAACAAGUAAAGGGCAAGCUGCUGCUGCUGGCAGCAGCAACCAUAUUCAGGAGGAAUGCAUCAUCUGUAGCUUCAUUUUACCAGAGGGUUGAUUCAAAACAUGUACCUAGGGGAUGGUUUUCAGGAGCUCUGGCCCUUCCUGCAGCAGUAUACAUGCUUCAAGACAAUGAGGCACAUGCUGCUGAAUUAUUGCCGUGGUGUGCAAGAGGAUUGAUUGCAGAGAUCAUAUCUCGUUUUGAGUGCAAAGGAUUUAAGCUUGUCGCCAUUAAGUUGGUAGUUCCUUCCAAAGAAUUUGCUCAGAAACACUACCAUGAUCUCAAGGAGAGGCCUUUCUUUAAUGGCCUAUGUGAUUUUCUUAGCUCUGGACUGGUGCUUGCCAUGGUCUGGGAAGGAGAAGGAGCUAUAAAAUACUGUCGAAAACUUAUUGGUGCCACAGAUCCACAAAAAUCAGAGCCUGGGACAAUUAGAGGUGAUCUUGUUGUUGUGGUUGGAAGGAACAUCAUUCACGGAAGCGAUGGGCCUGAAACUGCUAAAGAUGAAAUUGCCCUGUGGUUUGAACCUAGUGAGCUAGUUUCUUAUACAAGCAAUGCCGAGAAGUGGAUCUAUGGAGAAAACUAGUUUCCUCCCUUUGAUCCUUAUGCUAAUUUAUUACCGGAUUGCCGAAAUAUCUCGUUCAACAAUUUUCCGCUUAAGGAGGCAAGAAGUACCUCCCAUGAGAUGCUCGACAAUAAUAAGUUUAAUAAUUUCCAGAUCUUGGAGGAGUUCCAAGUUCUGUAACUUUUAAAUUAUUCUACAGAAAACAUUUUCUAUCAGGCAGCAUUUUUCUGCAAAUUUCUUCUUAGAUUGAUUCUUGUGGAGGUUUUACCAGGUUUCCUGCAUCACAGUUUGGACCAUUUUGUCUUGGCUUUUAAAAUAAAAACUAUAUAUAUUUAUUUUGAA